AUGAGUAUAAUCUCGAAUAGGUUGGGAGAAAUUUGGUUUUUGGCCCCGCCCCCUCGGACAAACUCAUAUUCUCGAUUCCCAGGCACUUCCGCCGACCUCUCCUACACCGACCGUGAAUGUGGCACCGAUUUGACCAACCUCUGGCUAGAUGCCGUUGCGGUUGUGGAUAACUCAAUUGGGAUGACUAAUGAAGGGCUGGCUAAUAUCGCUGCCAACAUCUGUACCGUAUUCAGUGGUGGCACACGGAUCGGCACACAGGCUUCUGAGCCACAAACAACGCGAGUCGGAUUAGUGACCUAUAACGUGAAUGCUCAACAGAAUGCGGAUUUGAACAAGUUUCAGUCCUUGGACGAUCUAUAUAACAAUGUAUUCGCUGACUUGAGCUCAGUUAGCACCUCGGCUCAAUCAUUCCUCUCAACUGGUCUCGCUGCCGCGGAGAGUCUCUUCGAUUACGAAAUUUUCGGCAUCAAUCGCAGUCAUUAUAAAAAAGUUGUCAUAGUCUACGCAUCGAGUUACGCGGCAGGUGGAGAGAUGGAUCCGUUGCCAGUUGCCAACCGUCUAAAAUCUUCUGAUGUCCGUAUCAUCACGGUGGCUUACGAUCAGACCGGUGAUGGGUUACUGUUGAAGCAGCUAGCAGAGAUAGCGAGUCCACGGUUUAAUUUUAGUAAUACGGAUAAUGACGGGAAUACGAUUGGACAGGUGCAAAGUGCCAUGUUGGAAACCAACUGUUUCUGCCCGUCCGGUUGGAUACAAUACCGGCAAAACUACACCGACUACAACUCCUAUCGCUACGGUGUCUGCCUCCAAGCAGUUAACCUAGCAGCUGGCUGGCGCGCCGCCAAGAUGUCAUGUGCCAACCGAUGGACCAACUCGUACCUGGUCAACGAGUACAACCAACAGAAACAUGACUACGUGCUGAACGUCGUGCAGAACUCCUCAGGAUUCUUUCAACCGUAUUCGUAUCAUAACGGGUUGAAUUUGGUGGGCGGAGUCUGGAAAUGGGAUCAACCCAGCGGAUGGCCACAGCCGGCUCUUAAGUAUUGGUAUAACUGGGAUCCGGGGUACCCGAUCACCUCAUCCUCCCUGACUGCUGUGCUAAAUCAACAGAAUAAUGAGGAAGUGGCCACUGGAUGGCAGAAUAUUGAUUAUCAUAAGACUGCAGUUAAUUAUGUUUCCUGUUCCGCCAAGUCCUAUGUAGACCGCCCAUGUGGUACCGAUCUUUCGAAUCUUUGGUUAGACGUCGUUUUGGUAGUGGAUAAUUCUCAAGGAAUGAAUACUGACAGAUUGCAUACUGUGACUGCCAACAUUUUGAGCGUCUUCGGUUCCGGAACUCGAAUCGGAAUUGAUGAGACCUACCACAGAACCACUCGCCUUGGAUUAGUUACCUAUAACUCUAACGCCACUCAAAAUGCUGAUCUUUACCUAUACCAAUCAUUUGAUGAAGCAUCCGACGGGAUUAUCGAUGCCACCAGAACUGCUGUGGACACGUCUGAAUCAUAUUUAGCCACUGGACUCAUUUUGGCGGAGAAAUUGUUCAAUGAGCAGAGUGUCAACAAUGUUCGUUCCCACUAUAAAAGAGUAGUGAUCGUGUAUGCUUCGGAAUACGAGGGAGAUGGAGAGUUGGAUCCAUUACCUGUUGCAAAUCGAUUGAAACUAUCUGGUGUCAAUAUAAUCACAGCUGCUUAUGAACAAUCGGGCGAUGAUGGACUUUUUGAAAGUCUUUCCCAGAUUGCUACUCCUGCAUUCUCCUUUUCUUUUGAUUACGGUCUAGACGGAAAUUUCGUUGGAAAUAUUCAAGGAUCAUUGUUGCAGUCCAACUGUUUCUGCCCGAGCGACUGGAUACAGUACCGCGAAUCAUACUCUGAUCCCGCCUCCUCCCGCUACGGUGUGUGUAUUCAAGCCGUCACUAUUCCAGCUAGCUGGGUUGCUGCAAAACUCAGUUGCAGUAACAAACGGACCAAUUCCAAUCUAGCCACUGAAUUCAACCAAGCCAAACAUGACUUCAUUUUCAAUCUCGCUCAAAACACUACAGGAUUCUCGCCGCCCUAUCAGUACCAUAUCGGAUUGAAUUAUGUCUCUUCUGGAUCCUGGGUAUGGACUCAACCAACAGGACACCAACAGGUUCCACUUCAACAACCCUUCAUGUGGCUUCCAGGAUAUCCUAAACCGGCUUCUACUCAAUCUGCGGUGAUGAACGUGCAGAGCGGGCAAGAAACCGGAUGGCAGAAUAUUGCCACGAUGACUGGCAGUUAUAAUUAUUUCUGUGAGACCUAUGCGUGUGAUACCGAUAAUUAUUGUGCUGCUGAACAAUAG